UAGACAUUUGAAAUUCGCGCAUUUUUAACAUGACUUGUGCUAAACAGAGCAUGCGCUUGUGAUUAAAAGCGUGAGAAUAUGAUCGUUGCGCGUGCUCAAGUCAUUACAUUGUGUCGGUAUGACAGGUUUCAUAACCUGAAUAUUAGUCAACUUUAGCGAUUAUUAUUUCGCUUUCCGGGGCAGAGCGACGCUUUUUUUUGCCAGAUUCGUUCGUUUGAAGCAAAACUGUAUCGAAUAAGCAUAACUACAUCGAUAUUUGAAUACCAGGUAAUUCAACGAAAAAUCUGACAUUUCCGUGUUUAAAAAAAAAAACGAUAAAUAUCGAAAGUUUAUCUACUUAUGCUGAGAUUGCUGUGAUACAAAGAUGCCGACUAUUGCAAUAAAACGUGACUUGCUGUUCAAAGCAUUGGGUAAAACAUAUUCCGACAAGGAGUUUGAAGCAUUAUGUUUUAAGUUUGGUUUAGAGCUGGAUGAAGUAACAACGGAAAAGCAAAUGAUAGCAAAAGAGCAGGGUUCUGAUCAAGAUAUAGAUGCGUCCGAAGAAAUUAUCUAUAAAAUUGAUAUACCUGCCAACAGAUAUGAUCUAUUAUGCUUGGAGACUCUAAGUACUGGACUACUUAUAUUUUUGAAUAAGAUGUCUAUCCCACAUUACAUGGCAAUAAAACCAAAUGUAGCAAUGGAAAGGAUUGUAAUGACUUCAGAAUGCUUAAAAAUAAGAGGACAUUUAGUUGCUGCAAUUUUGAGAGAUGUUACUUUAACACAAGACUCUUACAAUAGUUUUAUUGAUCUUCAAGAUAAGUUGCAUCAAAAUAUAGGAAGGAAACGUAGUCUGGUCUCUAUUGGCACUCAUGAUUUGGAUACAAUUAAAGGUCCAUUUCUAUAUGAUGCUAGACCACCAUCAAAAAUACAAUUCAAACCACUUAAUCAAGAUAAAGUGUAUACAGGAGAAGAAAUUAUGCAGUUAUAUGCAACACAUGCGCAACUUAAACAGUAUUUACCUAUCAUAAAAGACAGUCCUGUUUAUCCUGUUAUAUAUGAUAGUAAUGGAGUUGUUUUAUCUCUGCCUCCCAUCAUUAAUGGAGAUCAUUCAAAGAUCACACUUAAUACAAAAAAUAUUUUUAUCGAGUGCACAGCAACUGAUCUUACAAAGGCAAAGAUAGCGGUGGAUACUCUCGUUUGCGCAUUCAGUCAGUAUUGCAAGACCAAGUAUACAGCCGAAAUUGUAGAAGUGGUAUAUCCUGAUAAUCAAACUUUCUAUUACCCAGAAUUAAAAUAUCGAACAGAAGAAAUCAGUUGCAAUAAAGCGAUUAAUUACAUUGGCAUUGAGCAAACACCAGAUCAAGUUGUAAAGCUAUUGUCAAAAAUGUCUCUAAAAUCCGAAGUGAAAAAAAAAGAUACGUUAAAAGUAGAAAUACCACCGACGAGACAUGAUGUGAUACAUCUUUGUGACAUUUAUGAAGAUGUCGCCAUUGCCUAUGGAUAUAAUGAAAUAAAGAAAACUUUACCACAAAUAUCAACAAUUGGAACAGAGUUUCCACUAAACAAGUUGACUGACCUAAUUCGAAUAGAAAUGGCCCAGGCAGGAUUCACCGAGGCAUUGACUUUCUCUUUGUGCUCACGUGAGGAUGUAGCAGAUAAAUUGGGAUACAAAAUAGAGGAUAUACCGGCAGUUCACAUAUCCAAUCCAAAAACUUUGGAGUUUCAGGUUGCGCGUACCACACUUUUACCAGGAUUACUUAAAACGAUCACUGCGAAUAAAAAAAUGCCUUUACCUCACAAGUUAUUUGAAGUUUCCGAUGUCGUAUUGCGAGACGACACGGCGGAAGUCGGUGCGCGCAACAAUCGCCGUUUAUGCGCGGUAUAUGCCAACAAAUCGGCUGGUUUCGAGAUAAUUCAUGGUCUAGUAGAUAGAGUAUUAUUAUUAUUAGAAGUACCUUGGAGCCCUACUAAAGCUGAGAGUUGUAUGCGAUAUUAUCUGCGCGCAGCUGAUGAUCCAACGUAUUUUCCUCAACGAUGUGCAGAAAUUGUCUGUUAUGAUAAAGUGAUAGGAAAAAUGGGAGUUUUACAUCCUGAUGUACUAUCAAAGUUUGAUUUAAAUAUUCCUUGUUCUGCGAUGGAACUAGAUAUUGAACCGUUUUUGUAAUAGAAGUGAAUAAUGUAUAAACAGCAAAGUUAUAUCGAUACCUUUGCUGAAAUACAAAUGUUUUAUUAUGAAUUUAUGUUUUGUGAAGAGAAUUUUUCACAAGAUCUAUUUAUAAUAAUAUUACCUCUCAAAUGUAUAAAAACAAUUUUACAAAUAAAAUUUGAAAUAUAUUUAUUAUAUGAUUAAA